GCUCGGGCUCGACAUGGCGGCGGCCGGCGCGGGGGGCGGGCAGGCUCCGGGCCGCCCGGUGAGGGCUUCAGGGAUUCUGGACCACUGUUACUGAAAUGACAUUGCAGGAGGCAGCAGUUGCAUUGUGUUUGUUGGAUGAAACCUGAAUAUUUCCUGUGGCUCAAGGGGGUGAAAGCCCUGCCUGCAGCUUACAUGUGUAGGUCACUGCGGUACUGUGUCAGUCACUGUCUCUAUGCAGCAAUGACAAGGCUGGAGGAGGCAAACAGAGAAGUGAACAUGCACUCGUCAGUCAGAUACCUUGGCUAUCUUGCCAGAAUCAACCUACUGGUUGCCAUUUGCAUGGGCCUUUAUGUCAGGUGGGAAAAAACUGCAGAUGCACUGAUUUUGGUAAUAUUUAUUCUGGGGCUCUUUGUUCUUGGAAUUGCCAGCAUACUGUACUACUAUUUUUCAAUGGAAACAGCGAGUUUGAGUCUCUCCAAUCUUUGGUUUGGUUUUUUGCUUGGCCUUCUCUGUUUUCUCAACAAUUCUGCCUUCAAAAUGGAUGUGAAAGAAGAAGCUACAAAAUAUUUGCUUCUCUCUGCCAUUGUUUUAAGGAUAUUAUGUGCUUUAGUUGAAAGGAUUUGUGGUUGUGUCCAUCAUCGACCAACUCUGCUGACAACAGUUGAGUUUUUGGAGCUAGUUGGAUUUGCAAUUGCCAGCACAACUAUGCUGGUAGAAAAAUCUCUAAGUAUUAUUCUGUUGGUCUUGGCUUUGGCCAUGUUGAUUAUCGACUUACGGAUGAAGUCUUUUUUGGCAAUUCCAAAUUUGGCAAUUUUUGGAGCCAUUGCAUCCCUGCUCUUUUUUCCAUCACUGCAGAUCCCCACAAACCCUUUUGCCUUGGCGUGUUUCUUCAGCUGCCUCAUUUCAGAUCCCCUUCUCGACGUUUACUUCAGCGGACUUUCGGUGACUGAGCGAUGGAAGCCGUACCUGUACCGUGGUAAAAUCUGCAGGCGGCUUUCUGUCAUCUCAGUUGGAGUCGUUGAACUCAUCUUUUUCAUUCUUGCAGCCUUUAAACUACGUGAUUUGGACCUCUGGUAUUUUGUGAUACCUGGUUUUUCUAUUUUUGGGAUUUUCUGGAUGAUCUGUCACGUGAUUUUUUUUAUAACUCUUUGGGGAUUUCACACAAAACUCAAUGACUGCCACAAGGUGUACUAUACUCACCGAGCAGAAAACAACAGCCUGGACAGAGUCAUGGCAUCUAAAGGAAUGCGUCACUUCUGUUUGAUCUCAGAGCAGCUGGUGUUUUUCAGCCUUGUUGCCACUGCUGUUUUGGGAGCAGUCUCUUGGCAGCCAACCAAUGGGAUCUUCAUGAGUGCAUUUCUGAUUGUUCUGCCUUUGGAGUCCAUGGCUCAUGGGCUUUUCCAUGAACUGGGAAACUGCUUGGGAGGAACGUGUGUCGGGUAUGCUGUUGUGAUUCCCACCAACUUUUGCAGUCCUGAUGGCCAACCAACUCUUCUUCCACCUGACCAUGUCCAGGAGUUAAAUCUGAGGUCUACUGGCAUGCUUAAUGCCAUCCAAAGAUUUUUUGCUUAUCACAUGAUUGAGACAUAUGGUUGUGACUACUCUACAAGUGGGCUGACCUUCGAUACCCUUCACUCCAAGAUCAAAUCUUUCCUGGAGCUUCGGACUGCAGAUGGACCCAGACACGAUACCUACAUCCUGUAUUACAGUGGUCACUCUCAUGGCACUGGUGAAUGGGCACUGGCAGGGGGUGAUGCUUUACGACUGGACACGCUGUUGGAGUGGUGGAGAGAAAAGAAUGGCACUUUUUGUUCUCGACUGAUCAUUGUUUUAGACUGUGAGAACUCUCAGCCUUGGGUGAAAGAAGUGAGAAAAGUCAAUGACCAGUAUGUUGCUGUGCAAGGAGCAGAAAUGGCCAGAGUUGUAGACAUCGAGGAAGCAGACCCUCCACAGCUUGGUGACUUCACCAGGCAGUGGGUGGAGUACAACUGUAACCCUGACAGCAACAUCAGCUGGUCGGAGAAGGGCCGCACGGUGAGGGCCCUGUACGGCGUGUCCAAGCGCUGGAGCGACUACACUUUGCAUUUGCCAACGGGAAGCGAUGUUGCCAAGCACUGGAUGAUGUACUUCCCACGCAUCACCUAUCCAUUAGUACAUUUGGCAAACUGGUUCUGUGGGCUCAAUCUGUUCUGGGUCUGUAAAGCUUGCUUUAGGUGCUUAAAAAGAUUGAAAAUGAGUUGGUUUCUUCCCACAGUGCUGGAUACAGGACAGGGCUUCAAACUCGUCAAAUCCUAAUCAGCAACCAAAGAGAAAAUGAAGUGAGAGCUUUGUGAACUUUCUCACUGUACCAUAUUUAAAACUUUUUCUAUUACUAUCUUUUUCUCUGAAAAAGUCUGCUCUACUCACUUUAUUCAGCUUUUUGAGCAGCUACAGUAUAUGCAACAGUUAGAAAUUGCAAUCUUAAACAGAAGAGGGUAGAACUAUGAUAUUUUAAAUUUUGUUACAUGUACAUUUGUAAGAGACUUAUUUAAUAUGACCAUGCAUUUUGGAGACAGGUCCCAUGUUCAUAUGUCUUACUUAAGGCAGCCUUUGUUAAGAGACACCAGUUUGAUGGACAGGAGUGCCUGUGAAUGUUACAUGAUGCUGAUCUGUCAUUUAUGUUCACUAUACAGUUUAAAUACAAGAAAGAAACCAACCUAAUACCCCAAUCAAUUUAUGUGUGCUUGAAAUUAUGUGGUGGGAUCACUGAGCCAAAAAAAAACCAGAAUAUAUAGCUACUGUAUGUAAGUAGCUACCAAAAAGCUUUAGUUUUUUUGCUUUUACAUGUUGUGCCCUGCCUCAGUUCUCUACUGCCAUCAGUGGAAAUUUGCCAUGGAAAACAAGAAAAUCAAACAACCCCCUAAUGCUCUGAUACUUCUCAGACAGUUUUGAAGUGUGUUUUGAAGUGAGUUUUAAAAAUAUUCAGUGUUACUUUCAGCAUAAAAUAUCUUGCUGGUGAUCUUUAAGCAUACAUUCCCAGAAUUUAAUUUCUAUAUGGAAUAAAAACUGCAGUGAACAUUUUUCCCUCACCUGUUAGGUGAUUCUCAAUUUUCCAGGCUCUUACUAGUUUGUAUUUUGAAAAGCUAAUCUGAAGAAAACAAAGCAAAACAAAACCCAAGGAAUUUAACAAAGAAAAUAAUCCUUAGAUUAAAAAAUGGGAAUAUGAGUGUUGCCUUGCUUCCAUGUUUAUCUGAAGUCCUUGUUGUGGCUAAGGUCUUGAUUCUGUGAAGUUCUGAGUACAAAGUUGGACCAGUGAGUUUGUUAUCUACUAAAACCACAGGCAAAGUUUGUUUGAAUUGAUUAUUCCCUUAGGAGAAGAGGGAAUCCUCAGUAUUCCUUAACUCUUUUCUCCCACCCACAAGGUCCUGAUUUUAAUCCUUCCAGAGCUGGAUGGGACUCUAGAAAUCCUUUCCUUCAGUCAUAAAAGCUGCAUGGCUUUUUUAUGUCAUUUUUUCAAGUACAGAGAAUUAGGGGUGAAACAAGUAAGUGGCUAAGACAGUACAAUUUGUGGUCAUUUAUUUGCAUAUGUGUGUGCAAUUCAGCAGACAUACAGUUUACUUUUUCCUGUUUUCAUCAGUAUUUUAAUAAGUGUUAAGAGAGCAGCUGAUAUUUGUCUAAAAUAUAACUUAUUAAUUUUUUUUUAUUUAAAUACAUGCAAAUAGUAUUUAGCUCUAUGAGUCUUUGCCAUCACGGCUUUUUCUAAUGCCAUUUGAGGUUUUUAGCCAGCCAAGUUAAAAAUCUGCUAACACUGAUACCCAUCAGUAGCUCCUGAAAUAAAUAAUGAGAGCUACAACAGCCAAAGCAAUUUGUACCCACCAGAUUCAAAAUGGUGAUUUUCUCAGAUCUACAAGUGGCAGCCACUAAGUUUCUUCAUUAGUAAGUAUUACACAGUGUUGUUUAGCCAAGGCACCACCUCCCACACCGCUUUCCCUUUCUCCAUCCCCUUCCAUAGUGUGAGAAGGGGAUUAAAAAAUAAGAGUUACAUCCUAUGAAGACUAAAUGCCUUUGGGUCUUCUCUGAAUAAAUGCUGUGAUUGCAGCUCUGUCAGGGAAUCGAGAGGUGGCAGUUUUCAGUGAGGACAGAGGGUUCUCACACCACCUGACUUCAGGUAUCCAACUUCAGGUCCUAAUGUGGGAGACAGAGGUAGGAGUCGUCUCAUUUAAAUUCAGAUGUUCAAAAACCAAACACCUGAAUCCAUGCUAGCGACCUGAAAUGCUCCACUGCUCAUUAGCAAGUAGAAGUAAAUACUUCCAGAGGAAGACUGGUUUAUUCUCUAUUCUAGGAUGACUUUUGAGGGCAUUUUUUUUUUGUUUUGCUUUCCUGUGCCAAAGGUCAAGCAGACAAAUCCCUUA